CGGCGACCAAUAGCCAUCCCGGAUAAAGUGGAACAGAGGGAAACUACAAAAUACGAAAGUGUGUACGUAUAGGUCAAAUAAAACAACCUCCACCCGUGAGACGGUUAGUGCCAGGUAGGAAGGUGAAGGAGCAGAAGCAAUGGCUUUGUCUCAGUCCCUGGACGACUCACUUUUAAGGGCGAAGCCAACACACGCGGGGGCCGCGCAAUGUAACCUACAGGAGGUGUACAAUGAGGGACACAGGCUCGCCUUGGAGGAGCUGCUGUCCAGGGGAGUUGACAACUUUUUGGCGUUUCUAAGGAAGGAGUCCAUCGCCAACUUCCUGUCUGACGAUGAAAUCCAGCGGAUCAGGGCCGCGGUUGUGGCCCCGCGGUGCGUGUCGUUCCUGGGCGAGGACCAGGUGCCCCCGGAGCAGUCUCUAGGCAGCUCGGUUGACUGUUCAUCGGUCACUUACUUCCCUGAGGUGUCAGACGUGGAGCCGCCGCCGCUGGAGAUCGGCUGGCCCGCCUUCACUGCGGGAUCUUACCGGGGAGUCACCAGGGCCGUGGCUCACUUUCAGCCAAGUUAUGGGGAGAACAUCUACGCCUGUAAAGAAGUGGCAAGGAAAAUGAUCAGCAGUGCCAGAGAGGUGAUUGCCAUAGUUACGGACUCCCUAACAGACCUGGAUAUCUUUAAGGAUCUUCAAGAGGCAUGUACUGUCCGCAAAGUCCCCGUUUACAUUCUGCUGGACCAGUCAAGCAGUCCCGCUUUCCUCAAAAUGUGCACAAACGUUGGUGUUAGCCUGGAUGACAUUCAGCAAAUGAGAGUGCGAACCAUAACUGGCACUACUUAUUACACAAGAUCAGGAGCCAGGAUCACAGGGAAAGUUCAUGAACGCUUCAUGCUGAUAGAUGGGAACCGUGUAGCUACAGGUUCAUACAGGUUCAAUUGGACUGAUGGCAAAUUGAACACCAGCAAUUUGAUCGAGCUUUCUGGUCAAAUAACAGAAAAGUUUGAUGAGGAGUUCAGGAUUCUUUAUGCACAGUCUCUUCCCGUCAAUACCCGAGGACCUGCAAUACUACGAAACAGUGGGAUCUUCGAGCACGUUCCCAGCAAGCAUCUGCUUACCUCCUCCCCAUACGUCAGCAGGGAGAGGCAGUUGGAUCAAGUGUGUCUAACCAGCACACCGGGCCUUAAAAUCAAACCUUUAUCCCUCCAACCUCCUUGUGAGGGCUCCGACCCAGAAGUGUGUCAAAACGCCAGCGCAGCAUCAAAUGCAUCUACUAAUGGUGAUGACUGGUUGGAUCAGCAGCACAUGCAAGAGGAAAUCCUGGCUGGUGGUCCAAGUCUUCCAGAAGAGGAGCUUGCUGCAAGCAAACCCUCUGAAAAGGCUGUCGUGUCCUGCCACGUGACCACUCAAACCAGUUUCUCAAUGGUAGAUGUCGACGCGCAAACAGACCCAGAUAUUUCCCCUGCGAAUGCCACAUUUAGCCAGAACGAGGCCCCUUCUCUCAGGCUGAUCACGCCCACCCAAGCCGCUCUCCGCAAUCUUACUCAAGAGCGCCAACACCGCUACUCGGCAAUCCGUUCCAAGCUGGAGCACAUCAUGGACACGCUGUCCCAACGGCGAGAGCUAGAAGACAUUGCCUUAAUGACUCUUGCGGGACAGGGGGUUCACAAAGAGAUGCUGGGGCCACACCCGAGGCUACGUUCCGAAAAUGAAGCUGUCGUCACAUAACCAAAAAGCGAUUUUUUUCAUUGUAUUUACAGUAUGGGUUUUUGUAUAGAAUUUCAUCUGCUUUGCAUUGGUGAUUUUUCUUCGGUUCUGAAUUUUCUGUUGUAUUUCUAUGUGUACUGGAUACAAUUUUGGUUGUAAUGGUGGCAGAAUAAUAGUUGACUACGCUGCAGAACUUUGUGCAAUACUACUGUUCCUGUAAAUACAUAAUUUACAGAUAUUGAUAAUACACUGCAAGGGUCCCCAAACUAAAUAGCUCUAAAGAACACGUGAGUAGCCAGUUUUCAAGAAAUAGCCCACCAAUUUGUGUUGCUACUCUUUUUUUUAUUAUUAUUUUUAGAUGUCACACAUGCAUUGGUAUUGAUUUGGAAAUUACAGUUUAUUUGCUGUUAACCCUGGUACAUGAUCGGUGUUGGAGCACUCACCUUAUUUCGUGAUAAAUCACGUGGUAAUUUGAGCAAAUGUUAUUUUAGAAGUGCGUAUCAAACUGAUCACGCUCCAUAUAAAUCAGUUGCCUAGUAGUUGCUCUCAAAACAUGGGUGACACUUGUGAUACAGUAUGAUUGAAUGUGCCUUUGUGCUGAUGUGGGUAUUUAAAUCAAACAUGGCUGUGGUAAAUGCAUCUAAAUAUACUUGCCCAUUUGUGCCUUGCUAAUAAUAAAGUGGCCUUUUUGCUUCUUGA